CUACCGGAUCCAAACGCCACCUCACGAGGGAAAAAUGGUCUCACAAGGUGGAAUUUAUCCUAUCAGGAAUCGGUUUUGCGGUUGGUCUUGGCAACAUCUGGAGGUUUCCAUAUUUGUGUUACAAAAAUGGAGGAGGUGCUUUUUUAAUUCCUUACACUAUAUGUCUUCUUACUGGCGGGAUUCCAAUAUUUCUGCUGGAAGUGGGACUUGGUCAAUACACGAGUGAAGGUGGAAUUACUGCCUGGAACAUAUGUCCUAUAUUUCGAGGAAUUGGGAUUGGUACAACAAUCAUAUGUUUCGUAUUGAAUACAUAUUACAUAAUAAUUCUUGCUUGGGCCCUGCACUACUUCUGGAAGUCCUUCGCAUGGAAUCUGCCUUGGGGUUCGUGUAAAAAUGACUGGAACACUGAGAAUUGCUUCAGAAAUGAUUCUUUUCAGGCAGAAAAUGGAAGUAGCAGAGUGCAAGUGGACCCCGUCGUGGAAUAUUGGGAGCGUAAAGUACUUGGUAUAAGUUCCGGAAUCGAAGAGAUUGGGUCAGUUCGAUUGGAGCUAGCUGUAGCGCUAUUUAUCGUAUGGAUUGGUGUUUAUUUCUGUGUCUGGAAAGGCAUUAAAACAUCUGGAAAGGUGGUAUACUUCACUGCUGUCUUCCCUUAUUUCAUGUUGACAGUUCUAUUGAUACGUGGAGUAACAUUAGAUGGUGCCAUGGAAGGCAUAGAAUUUUACUUAAAACCAAAUUUCUCUAAACUAUUCGAGUCUCAGGUUUGGAUCGAUGCUGGAACACAAAUCUUUUUCUCAUACGCAAUAGCAUUAGGGUGUAUGACAGCGUUAGGUUCCUAUAACGAGUUCAACAAUAACUUCAUUAAGGACUGUCUCUUUAUAUCUGUAGUUAACAGUUGUACAAGUAUAUAUUCAGGUAUUGCUGUUUUUAGCGUGCUUGGAUUUAUGGCAAAGGAACAAAACGUUUCUAUACAGAAUGUAGCAGAAUCCGGACCGGGUUUGGUGUUCAUAGCAUACCCAAAAGCUAUAACGCAAAUGCCCUUUUCUCCAGUUUGGUCAGCUCUUUUUUUUUUUAUGAUCCUACUUAUGGGUUUAGAUUCUCAAUUUGUUGGAGUAGAAGGGUUUAUAACGGCUGUUGUAGACAUCUAUCCCCAAUAUCUACGUAAUUCAAAAAGGAAAAAGGUUUUCAUAGCAGUUAUUUGCAUCGUAAGUUACAUCAUCGGGCUCUCCAUGGUAACUAACGGUGGAAUAUAUGUAUUUCAAAUAUUUGACUAUUAUGGUGCGAGCGGGAUGGUAUUAUUAUGGUUUUGUUUCUUCGAAAGUAUUGCCAUUGCUUAUUUUUACGGUAUAAACAAGUUUUAUGAAAACAUAACAGAAAUGGUCGGCUACAAGCUACAUGGUUGGUUCAAGUAUUGUUGGCUAUUUUUCACUCCACUGUGCACAAUGGGAAUCUUAAUCUUUUAUACAAUUCAAUCAAUGCCACUGACAUAUAAUCGCAAGUAUAUCUAUCCAAAUUGGGCAAUCAGGAUAGGAUGGUGCAUGGCACUUCUGCCGAUGAGCAUGGUUCCAGUGUAUGCUAUCUUAUACUUCACUACAAGGCCUGGCAAUCUAAAAAAGAAGUGGAACGCAUCUACAUUACCAAUGAGAAGAAGCUAGUACAUGUAAGAAAUUUUCAUAAUGUUCAAAAAGUAUCAAUUAAUUCUUUUUGAAAGUAAUAGGAUACUAUUAAUUUUGAACUUGAUAAUUUUAAAUUCUUAAUAUCAAUAAUUACUGUUGAAAAAGUAAUGAAUUGUUAUGGUUAUGAAUAGCUAGCUUAAAAAAAUAAAAAUUAAUAUUAAUAUAAUAUAUAAAAAGAAGGAAUAAAAACUAAUUAUAUUUUACUAAAUAAAUUAAUAAAAUAUGUGUUAUUAAUAGGAGUGACAGGGCAAUCUGAAAAGGUAUUUCAGUAUAUAAUACAAAAUAAUUGUAUAAGAAAAAUAAAACCUGACUAAUAUAUUUUAAUAUUUUCCAUAAUCAUAUUAUUUGAUUAUAUAUUUUCCAAUAAAGUAAGGCAUAUAUAAUUUGUACUUAAGUUUUAUAUUUAAUGCAUAAAUACAGUUCUUCAGCAUAUUCUGAAGUUAAUUAAGAUCUAACUUGGGUCCCUCACACUUCAAUUAAAUUGAUGUAAACACUGGAUUUAUUAGAGGGUGUCUUUAUUAAUUCUCAUAUAGUUUCUAAAAUAAAAAAAAUCUUUAUAAACAAAAAAACAAAGUAAUUGUAUGAAUUGCAGUAUUAGAAUUCAUGUUUGUAAAUAUUUUCAAAUUCCUGGUGACUCAAAUUGGUGGUUAUUUACUGAUAAUCAAUCGGUUUAUGUUACUAGAAUUUUCUUUUCCUCGAUAAGUAAUCAAUCAUUUGUAUUAUGUACAUAAAUUAUAUUUUUAAUAAAUAAAAGUUUAUAUAACUUGAAAAAAAGUGAGUAUCAAUGAUUGUAUUGCCGUUUUAAGUUGAUUAAAGAAAUUAAUGUUAUUAUUAUAGUUAAAAUGUUAUUAAAAGUUUUUUUGUUUUUUUAAAUUUAGAAUCCUAGAAAAUAUUUUUAGCUUAACC